AUGCUGGUCGACGUCCCUCCGGGUGCUGAUGUUCGGGAACGGUAUGAGGUGGUAGAUGCAGGUACGAUUUGCAGUAAUGACCAGUACCAAUGUAAGAACGGGCAAUGCAUAGAACAAAGUGCCUGGUGUGAUAGGAGAAUAGACUGCGCGGAUGGUUCCGAUGAGACGCAGUGCUAUCCAGUCAAGGAGCAACAAGAAGAACCGAUUCCGACAGCCCCAGUAACUUACUCAAAUUACUGCACUGCUAGUAACACCCAAACCGACCUUUCGCGGAACGUCGGGGCGGUUGCGCGGCAAUCUUUCCCGUUGUCAGAACCAGCCCUUGAUUAUUUCUGGUUCUAUAACAAAAAGGCUGGCGAAACAAGCUCUUCUGGCUCAGCUAGCCAGUUCAAAGCUGAGGAACGGAAGGAAAACUGGGAGCGCGAAAAGGGGCAGGAGGAGGAGAAAGGGCGCUCCGGUGACUUGUUUCCGCUUUUUGAAGUGCGGUUUGGCUAUUAA